GUGAACCAUAAUGAGGGAGUGAGAAGGGGUGGAAAGAGACUGGGUAGAGAGGGGGUGAGAGAGAGAGAUGAUGAUGUAGCAGACAUCAGACAGACUGGUAAAGAGACCUGUACCGUUCACGUAGGCUACGUCAUGUACUAGUCCAGCAGCAGGUUGGAUGUGACUUCCGGUCGUCACGGUUUCUGAAACAUUCGUUUAGGUCAUAUUUGGAUUUGAAUUGUCUCCUGUCCGAAGCGUUAUGUCAUCAUUCUCCCUGUGUGGAUCACAGACAGACGCAGAUUGGUGUUUGCCCCAGCGGUGGAGCGACACAGCAGCGUUAUCAUGUCUCCGCCACAGCCAGCCCGUCGCCUCUUGCUGACGGCAAAAACACAGAUGAGAGACAGUGCUGUGGCUUCCUAAUGCAUCUGUCCUGCCACCAUGCAGUGUUCUUGGAAGUCCAUGGUGCUGCUAGCAUUAGCCUCCAUAGCCAUCCAGUACACGGCCAUCCGCACCUUCUCCACAAAGCCUUUAAGCCUGCUGUGCUCUGUGGGCCUGGCAUCCAUGGGCCACACUAUCAACUGCAGCCUCAAAGAUCUGACACGAUUGGGCCAGGAGACACUCGAGGGCUCGGACCAAGGCUGUGAUGAGAUCCUCUCACACAUCCCUUCCUCCCCCUCCUUCUCCCUCCCCUCCUAUAACAACAACAAGAGAACCCACAUCCUCAUUCUGGCCACCACACGGAGCGGAUCCUCGUUUGUGGGUCAACUGUUCAAUCAGCAUCCAGAGGUCUUCUACCUGUUUGAGCCUCUGUACCAUGUCCAGUUAGCGCUGCUUCCUCGGCUGGCGCAGAGUCGGAGCGUGGCUGAGAGGAGGGUGAUGCUGGGAGCAGCCAGAGACCUGCUGAGGUCUCUGUACCACUGUCACCUCAACAGUCUGGAAAGUUACAUACGACCCCGUCCUGCCAACCACUCCACUUACAAGCUGUUCAGACGAGGAGCUAGCCGAUCUCUGUGCUCCCCCCCUGUAUGUGAGGCUCGUCUGGGGCCAGAGGAGCAGAGCCUGGUGCUGGCUGAUGAGGGGGAGUGUGUGAGGAGGUGUGGGCCGCUCAAUGUGUCAUUGGCUGCUGAUGCCUGUAGAGCAAAGCGCCAUGCAGCCAUUAAGACGGUCCGGAUUCCUCAAAUCAGUAACCUCAGAACGCUGAUUGAGGACCCAAGACUCAACCUGAAGGUGGUCCAGCUAGUUCGAGAUCCACGUGGCAUCCUGGCAUCUCGUAUUGAGACAUUUCGAGACACUUACCGGCUGUGGCGUCUGUGGAGAGUGACCGGACGUCGACCCCUCAACCUGGACCUGGGACAGAUCAACACAGUGUGUGAGGACUUCCUUAGGUCUGUGUCGACAGGCCUGGCCAGACCUGCCUGGCUUAGAGGGAGGUACAUGCUGCUCAGAUAUGAAGAUUUGGCCAGAUUUCCUCUUCAGAAGACCAGGGAGCUCUACAGCUUUGUUGGUCUGGUUCUGGACCACAGUGUGGAGGAUUGGAUCAUCAACAACACCCGGGGCAGCAGUGAUCUGUCAUCCCAGCAGAAGUUCACCACAGUUCGGGACUCUGCUGCUAAUGCAGAGAACUGGAGAGUGAAGCUGUCCUUCGACAUGGUUGUUUACACUCAGACUGCCUGCCAACCAAUCCUUGAGCUCCUUGGAUACAAGACAGUCUUUCACCCCAGAGAACUGAGAAACCUCUCACGCUCUUUGGUGGAGGACAGGAUGUUCCUCCCAUUUUUUUAAACAACUGAUGACAUACAUACAUCCAAACAAGACAGUACUGUAGUUUAUGAAGGAGAGAUUAUAUAGUCAAAGCUGUUUGACUGACUGAUCUUGAUGUCCUCACUAUGUCUGUGGUGGAAAAAGAGCUGUGUCCGUCCAUCUGUUUAAAACUGAAAGUUAAAAUCAACUUAAAAUGUUAUAACAAAUGUUUAUUGAUUGAAUAAUAAUAACAAGAACGUUUUGUUAGUGAUACGUUGUUUUAAUGAGAGAAGUUUCUUGUAAGGAGCAGCUUUGGCUUAGUGGUAGAGUGGGUCGUCCACCAAUCGGAAGGUCGGCAGUUCGAUCCCUCAGUCCACAUGUCGAAGUGUCCUUGUCCUCCGAGACGCUGAACCCCAAAUUGCUCCCGAAGGCUGUGCCUUUGGUGUGUGUGAAUGAUUAAUUAGUUUCUUCGUACUGAUGAGCAGUGUGAAUGCGAUAUAUAUUGUGUGAAGCACUUUGAGUGGCUAGAAAGGCGUUAUACAAGUACAGUCCAUUUACCAUUUGUAAAAGCUAAUGUUUUAACGAGAGAAGUUUCUUGUAAAAACUAAUUGUGUAAUGUAAAAAUAAUUUGGUCCCUUGGUACGAACUAAGAACACGAAAAAUAUGUAAUUAUAACAAGGAAAUAUAUUGUUAUGAUAAAAUAACUACGAUAUAGAUAUGAUUACGAUAAUUCAUUUAAUUGUAAACCCCCCCUCCCCCCGAUUUGUAAUGAACAGUCACGUCAUCAAAUGCCUCCAAAAGCUAAAAGAAAGCUAAUUUCUCCUCUCAAUAUUCAGUAAUAAAUCAACUCCGAAACACACUGGAUGCAAAGCUGAACACUUCCAGCUUCUUGUACAUGACAAGUCUCUGGCGCACUUUCUGUAUCGCUAAGUGUAGGCCUACUGUGUUUUACUGUACAUUCACCACUGGUUAUCCUCUGAACCCAUGACUCACUAAGGAGUUAAUGCUGAAAAUACAAAGGAAUACUCAGUGUUUUAUCGUUUUGUAUAGACUGUUUGCCAGGUUUGUUAUUUAGAUACUUACAGGUCCAUGUACGUGGUCAUGUACCCUCUGUCCAAAGCUGUGCUCAACUUGUUUGAUAACAGGAUAAACAAAUAUACAAUGCAUUAUUUUGUUUUUUGUGUGAAUUAAAAAAACGGAAAUCCAUAUGCUUUUCCCGUUUUUGUCUUCAAAUCAGCAAUUGUAAUAGAAGUUAAACAAAAAACUUAAUUAAUUUGUGUGUCUAGUAGUUAUUAGUUGUGUGUGUAAUAAAUGUUUCACGCAUAAA